UGAAUCCAAGUUCCUCUUUUCCCAAAACCCAAUUCACCCAUCACUCCGAUUUCCCCCAAAACUUGCCUUUUUACAUCGCCAUGGCUGUCCACACCUUCCGCCAACUCAUAUCCUUCGUGGGUCCAUCUCUAAUUUAACAUCCAUUCACCAUUUCACCCUUUCUCGAUCGACUUUUCAUGAUUUCCGGCGAAAGAAAUCAGAUGAUGGAUACUCGAACUGGGUUUUCCGAUGAUAUAAUCAGCGGCAGCAGCGGCGUAGAUUCACCCCUUUUUCCUUCCGAUAUCUCUUCCCUCAAUCGCCUAUCCGAAACCCUAGAAUCAAUCUUGUUAGAACCUUCUAAUUCCUUCGCCGAUGCCAAAAUCAUUCUUUCCAGUGGCCGGGAAGUCGCUGUCCACCGGUGUAUCUUAUCGGGGAGGAGCCCCUUCUUCAAGAACAAAUUCAGCGGCGAAAUCACCGGUAAGGGGAAGAAUCACAAUGUGAAAUUGUCGAUGAAGGAAUUGGGUGGUGAUUAUGAAAUCGGAUUUGAAUCGCUGGUUAGUGUGUUGAAGUACUUGUACAGUGGUAAGAUUAAGGGUUUGCCUACAGAUGUUUGUGUUUGUGUUGAUGAAGAAUGCUCCCAUGAAGCUUGCCGGCCGGCGGUGGAUUUCAUGGUGGAGGUGAUGUAUGCUUAUCACACUUUUCAGAUCCCAGAUAUGGCUGCUCUGUGGCAGAGUCGCCUAGUAUAUGUUCUUGACAAAACGUCCGUGGAUGAUAUCCUGGUGAUUCUAUCUGUUGCAAACACAUGUGGGAAAUCAUGCAAGGACCUGUUUACGAAAUGCGUCGACAUUUUAGUCAAAUCGAAUGUCGAUUUCGUAACUCUCGAGCGAGCUUUGCCGGAACAAAUCGUCAAACAAAUUAUCGAUCUCCGUUUUGAGCUCGGUUUGGACAAGCCCGGAAGCAGUAGUUUUCCUGACAAGCACAUAAAACGCGUCCACCGAGCUCUUGAUUCGGAUGACGUUGAAUUAGUCACGAUGUUACUACGAGAAGGCCAUACUUCUUUAGACGGUUCUUGCGCUCUUCAUUAUGCUGUGGCUUAUGCCGAUGCUAAAACCACAACAGAAUUGCUCGAUUUGGCGCUUGCCGAUGUGAACCAUCGGAACUCAAGGGGUUUUACGGUACUCCACAUUGCUGCUAUGAGAAAAGAGCCGAGCAUUAUAGUAUCCCUUCUAACGAAGGGUGCUCGGCCGGUUGAUCGAACCCCGGAUGGCCGAAAAGCGCUUCAGAUCUCAAAGAGACUCACGAGAGCUGUUGACUAUUAUAAGUCAACCGAGGAAGGCAAAGAUUGUGAUAAAGGGCGUUUGUGCAUCGAGAUAUUGGAACAAGCAGAAAGAAGAAAUCCGUUGUUGGGAGAGGCUUCGGCUUCUCUUGCUAUGGCGGGAGAUGAUCUGCGUGUAAAGUUGUUGUAUCUCGAAAAUAGAGUUGCGUUGGCCCGCUUUCUGUUUCCGAUGGAAGCUAAGGUUGCAAUGGAGAUUGCUCAAGUUGAUGGCACUUCCGAAUUCACAUUAGAAAGCGUUUACUCCCAGAAUUUGGCGAAUGCACAGCGAAAGGUGGAUUUGAACGAUGCGCCGUUCUUGAUCAAAGAGGAGCAUCUGGUUAGAUUAAGAGCACUCUCUAAAACAGUGGAACUUGGGAAACGGUUUUUCCCUCGAUGUUCAGAAGUAUUGAAUAAGAUAGUGGACGCGGAAGCACAUCAAUGGAUAGACACCCCGGAAGAGCGAGAAUUGAAGAAGCAAAAGUACUUGCAAGUUCAAGAAACGCUAAACAAAGCGUUCAACGAGGAUAAAGAAGAUUUGGACAAAUCCUACGCCAUAUCUUCUUCAUCUUCAUCCACAUCCGGUGUCGUGAAUCCACACACCGCUCCGUUUACUUUCCAAAAAUAGUAAACGUAGUACGAUACAACUGUAAUAUUGUAUGAUGUAAUCACAAAAUGCACUUUCUUUUUCAUAUUUUUUUGUAUCGUAGGACUUGAAUGCUUAAAAACUAUAUAUCCAUUAGAUUAGAUGGAUGGUUGAGAUUGGUUU